AUGUCAACAGCAGCAGCAAGCAAGCCGCCUGCCACGAGCACGUCUCGUCGCGACGCCGCUGCCAAGACGUCGUCAGCUUCACCAGGGGCUGCAAGCCGCACGCCUGCCCGCUCCUCCACCCCGACUACCAAUGGCGCCAGCGCAGUCUCGCGCACAAAAUCUGUUCGUGGAGGCACCACCGGCGCCCCAGUCUCUGCACGCGCUGCCGUCAAGAAGCCUGCUACCCCCUCGAACCUGAGCAAUGCGUCGCAGGCCGAUGCUGACGAGGCCCGAGAUGAGCAGGCCGCCCUGCUUCAAGAUCUCAAGGAGCGCCUGCAAAAGGUAGAGGGCGAGGCAGAAGAGCGCCAGAAGCAGAUCGAGGUCCUGACUGCUCGGCUGGACGAGGCGCUCGCAGAGCAGGCCAAGCUCGAGGAGCGCGCACACGAGGAGGAAGAAAAGGUCGAGGCGCUAGAGAACGAAAAGCGCGAGCUCACCCGCCAGCACCGCGAAUUCGAGGCCAUCUACGAAGCCGAGCGUGCCCAGGCGAUGAAGGAAAAGGAGGAGACACAGGCACGACAGGAAGAAUUGCAGGGCACUAUUCAGCGACUCAAGGAGACCAUGGCUACCAAGAACAUGCCCACUGCUGAGCCUGAGGGCGAGGGUGAGCAGCACCUAUCACGUACGUCGAGUUUCCGCAAUGCGUCUUCGCGCAACAACUCUUCGCAGAACCUCGAGAAUGUCGCUUCUUUCGCACCACCCAACUCGGUGCAGCGCAGCAACUCGCGCAGCAACUCGAAGCUCAUCAACCAGAAAGACAAGAUCAUUGAAGAUCUGCGCCUAGAGCUCGCAGAGUACCAGGUAAAGAUGCUUGAAGUAGAGAACGCUGGUGGCGGUCGUCUGCGCGAGCUCGAGAAGCAACUGCUGGAGACGCGCAUGACCAACGCAAGGCUCAUGGAGGACAAUGAGAGCUUCCAGCUUCUGCUGGGUGAGAAGACCCUUAACGGAGAUUUGAGCCGCGGCGAUUUCUUGCGAGAGGCUUCCAGUGCCGACGACCGCGCUCCAUCUCGCAGCGGCCCUUCAACAAGCCUGGCUGACGAGCUUCAAUCGGCAGAAGAGGGCGACGCGGAAGUUGUUCGCAAGCUCGAGACAGAGCUCAACAGCAUGAAGGCCCAAAACCAGGCCCUCACUCUCUACAUCAACAAGAUCAUUGGCCGCCUACUCACCCACCAAGGCUUUGAGUCUGUCCUUGGCAACGACGCCGACAACGAACAAGGAGGCCCCGACAAAAAUAAGGAGCUUCCACCUCCCCCACCUCAGGAGAAUGAGCAGCCCCAAGGCUUCCUCCAGCGCGCCAAGUCCGUGGCCAUGGGUAACAAGAACAAGCCUCGGCCCCUCAGUGGCACCAUGGGUCCGCCACCAACCCAGCAGAGUGCACACGAAGACCCAGCCACAGCACCCAGCAUUCCCCUUACGCGCUCUGCAUCAAGUCGCCACCCAAGCGGCAGCCAUCGCCGAUCAACGUCCGAUGUUCCUGGCGCCGCUGGUAUUGUUAACAACAUGUACCGCCCCGGAGCGUCCAACCCGGCUUCGCCCGGUGUGGUCUCGCCCCGCAACUCCUUUUUUGGCCUACCAGUCAACAGUGGGCCAGGGUCCAGCAACCCCGUUUCCAGAGUCCCAUCUGGUCAAGGCCCUAUCCCAGAGGACAAGGAGGUGGAUGCUCGCACCGAGUCUUCGUCGGCCAGUCACGUUGACACACCUAGCCCGCCGCGUCAGCUCGUGCGCAGUGAGACCAGCACUAGGGUCAUGACAGGCAAGGGUAUGCAACCGCUGCGCCUGGUCCAGAACGAAGAAGAGGCUAUGAAGGCGCGCAAAGCUGCCAACAGAACCAGUUGGUUUGGUGGUCUCUUUGGUCAGACGCCACCUCAGCAGCAACAGCAACAGGACACUGCCUAG